UCUGUUUCUCCUGUUUUUGCUUUUUUAAAAUUUAAAUGUCAUUGUGAUAUCUCUGGCCAAUGAGAUUGCAGAAGGGAACGCUUGCGAUUUGCUAUAAAUGUGUGUCCACGAGCUGAAGGUUUGUCACAACCGGGCAACUCGUGCAUAAGGGAUUCUCUUUGCGCUGUUGUUGAAGACCUCUGUUGCAGCGACCAUCACAAGGCAAAACAUCACCAACACCAACAACACCACCAGGUACCAAUAACACGAACAACAAUAACAGCAACACUGUUCUGUAUUAAUCAAGAUAUACAACUACCAUCAGUUCAGAAAUUGGAGGAGCAAGCAUUGAGAAGAAAAAAACAUCACAAAAGCCAUGAAAAACCUCGUUCACAUCACGUUUCUUUUCGUUGCGAGCCUCUGUCUGAUUGAAGGACAGACUACAACUGAAAAAACGCCGGUGACAGUUCCAGAUGCCGAUCCUCUUUUUCAUUGGCCACGAGCCGGAACCUGCCGGUACCCAUGCUUGAAGACUGUAAGUUACCUCAAAACACGAUCAUCAUGGUGUUGGAUCAGAAAAUGCACGAAAUACAGUACGGCUUAUAGAAAGGAGAAAUCGGUCUGUACCAGAUGCUGUAAAGGAUGGAUUGGCAGCCCUGCAAAUUGCAAAGACUACAACGAAUGUUUAAAAAAUCCGUGUCACUUUUCGGCCAUCUGUCAAAAUACUCCGGGCUCCUACAAAUGUAUUUGUAAAAGUGGCUACAAAUUAGUCAAUGGAAAAUGUGUUGAUUACAAUGAAUGUUUGAAUAAUCCGUGCCAUUCUUCGGCGAUCUGUCGCAACAUUCCGGGAUCCUACGAGUGUGGCUGCAAACGUGGUUACAGAAUGACCGAUGGAAAAUGUGUUGACAUCAAUGAAUGUGAAAAGAACCCCUGUUCUUCCAAUGGUCGAUGCCUCAACACUCAAGGAUCCUACUUUUGUGUGUGUAACCGCGGAUACCAAAAGGAAAACAACAAAUGUGUUGACACUAACGAAUGUUUAUGGAAGCCUUCCCCUUGUCCGUCCAAUGCCUCUUGUCAUAACAGCCCGGGAUCCUACAACUGUGACUGUCAAUCCGGAUACAAAGUGGAUGAGACGACAAAGAAGUGUGUUGAUAUCGACGAAUGUCAGAAUAAAGGAAUCUGCAGCCAAAGAUGCACCAAUACACCCGGAUCCUACGUUUGCUCCUGCGCAGAUGGUUAUCAAAUAUUCAUGAAUCGUUACUGCGUGGAUAUCGAUGAAUGUAGAUGCCAGAAUGGUGGAUGUCCCUUCCCUCUCAAGUGUAUCAACACACCAGGGUCCAACUACUGCGAUUGCCCUUACGGGUUUACCUCUAAAGACGAUAAGUGUUACCUAAUGCCGAACGUGAAGCUGAACUACACUAUACCAGGGAAUAAAACGGUUAUACCGAAAGUGAAACUACCAGUACUUAAACCAUCUGGAAGUGGCUGAAACCGGUAGGCUAGGUCUUAGAUGGAACGCAUACCAUUUCUACUUUUCUUUCAUUCUGCUCAAUCGAGGCCAACGUGAGAAUUAAACGAUAUCUACAAUAACAGCAACAACUAUAGCUGCUACUACAAUUAGAUAAUACAAUCCCAGAUACACAUAGCCUAACCCUCAGCGCCUUUUAAUAAAAUCUAUAAGACCGAUAUAUAUCGAACAUAGAAAACAAUCACCGGUCAAUUUUAGGAAAUUUAUGUGAGGACACCAUUUUGGGUUACUUCAUGAACAAGUCAUCUCGUGUGACUUUCUAAGUAACCAUCAUAUGACUAGGCUAUCCACAUAUUACGUGACCGCCACACAAGAUCCUCCCCCCUCUCUCUCUUCCUUUCUAUCUAUUUAUUUGUCUAUCUGUCUGACAGUCUGUCUCUCUGUAUGUAUGUAUGUAUGUAUGUAUGUAUGUAUGUAUAUGUAUAUCUGUCUGUAUGUGUGUCUGUCUGUCUGUCUGUCUAUCAAUCACACAAAGUCACGUGAUUACAAUCCCAUCACCCCACUGUCAUUCAUACGCUUCAUCAUUGUUGUAUAUUUUGUUGUGUUUAUUAUUUGAUUAGUUUCAUUAAUUAAAUAAAUAAAUAAUAAUUUAAUCAAAAA